GGCGGUGGCUGAAGCGAUUGGACUGCCAGCGUCUCUCCCGACACUUUCUGUGGAAUUUGAAUUAUUUCGGAGCUGCACGGUUUCGUGGGACACGGGUGACGGCUUUACCGGGGGCAUCUUCUGGGUCACAGGGAGCUCAGCGAUGAAUAAGCUACGGCAGAGCUUCCGCCGGAAGAAAGACGUCUACGUGCCGGAGUCGAGUCGGCCGCACCAAUGGCAGACAGACGAGGAGGCGGUCCGCAGCGGCAAAUGUAGCUUUGCAGUCAAGUACUUGGGACAUGUGGAGGUGGAGGAAUCCCGAGGGAUGCACAUCUGCGAGGAUGCAGUGAAGCGGCUGAAGACGGACAGGAAAUUCUUCAAAGGAUUCUUUGCAAAAACUGGGAAGAAGCCAGUGCGUGCUGUGUUGUGGGUGUCUGCAGAUGGUCUUCGUGUUGUAGACGACAAAACAAAGGACCUGAUUCUGGACCAGACAAUAGAGAAGGUGUCGUUCUGCGCUCCAGAUCGAAACUUCGAGAGGGCGUUCUCUUACAUCUGCAGGGACGGCACCACACGACGCUGGAUCUGUCAUUGUUUUAUGGCCAUUAAAGACUCAGGAGAGCGUCUCAGCCAUGCUGUGGGUUGUGCAUUCGCCGCCUGUCUGGAGCGAAAACAGAAACGUGAGAAGGAGUGUGGGGUCACAGCAACCUUUGACGCCAACAGAACCACUUUCACCCGUGAGGGCUCAUUUCGAGUUACGACUGCAACAGAGGCAGCAGAGCGGGAGGAAGUCAUGAGGCAGCUACAGGAUGCUAAAAAAGCAGAGACAGACGUGAAGGUUGUUGGCAACUCAGCCACCAUGACGACAAACUCUUCGGCACACCAGACGGGAGGCUCUCCCUCCCCCUCGUCCUCGCCGCCUCUCUCCAUGGCCAACCUGGGACCCCAGGUGAUACCACGCAGACACGCACCAGCUGAGGCUCUCGCCAGGCAGGGCUCCUUCAGAGGCUUCCCGGCCCUCAGUCAGAAGACUUCUCCCUUCAAACGACAGAUGUCACUGCGCAUGAACGAGCUGCCCUCCACCAUGCAGCGCAAGUCUGACUUCCCCAUGAAGAAUACAGUCCCUGAGGUAGAAGGAGAGAGUGACAGCAUUAGCUCGCUGUGCACUCAGAUCACCUCAGCGUUCAGCGGACCCCCAGAGGACCCCUUCACAUCAGCACCAAUGCCCAAACCAGCUUCAUCCCCGCAGUCUCCUGUAGCACCAGUGAAUGGCACAGCUCCUGCCUUCUCUGUUGCUGCUGUUGCUGCUACCGCUAACCCCCCAGUUCUGCCCCCCGCUCUGCCUGCUCGAGACACUAACCCCUGGGCUAAGACCCCUGCAGGGGCCCCGGCCUCGGCACAGCCAGGAAGUAACUGGUCAUCUCCUACUCCAGUGAUAGUGGUCCCCCCCACAUCCUCCCCAUCCAUGUCCUCCCACAAACGGACACCAUCAGAAGCAGAUCGGUGGUUAGAAGAAGUCACCAAGUCUGUCCGAGCCCCGCAGCCUAGUCCAAUCAUGGCAGCAGCCACGCCUCCCACACAGCCGUUCGCUGCCCCUUUGGCGAUGCCUGUGGCGAUGCCUGUAGCAAUGCCUGUGGCGCCCGUUGCUUCUGUUGCCCCGGUGGCCUUUAUACCCUCUCUGCCCUCCGCCGUGCCCAUGCUGCCCCCUCGUCAGCCCGCCUUCCAUGCUCAGGCCCCGGCCUCCUACCCGAUGCCCAACGGGCUGCCGUUCCCUCAGCCCAGCGUGCCUGUGGUCGGCAUCACUCCCUCACAGAUGGUGGCUAAUGUGUUCGGCUCAGCCACGCAACCCCAGCCGUUCCCCCAGCCGGUCUCCACAACACCACAGCACGAUCCCCAGGCUGUCGGCAACAUCAGCCCGUUCAUCAAACCCCCACAAUCCAACAUUGUGGCCCCGGCUCUCCUGCAGCCAUCCAAUGGUAGUGUGACCUUUAACGGGGCAGACAGCUGGUCUGCUCCAUCCCAACUCGCUCCAUCCUCCCCGGCCACCCAGCCGCCCCUGCAGCCGCAGGAAGAUGCCUUUGAGGCCCAGUGGGCAGCCUUGGAGAGCCGCUCACGCCAGCGCACCACACCCUCCCCAACAAAUCCCUUCUCCACCGAGCUGCACAAGACCUUCGAGAUCCAGCUCUGAAGACUGAGAUUAAAAAGAACUGGACAAUAAGGAGGCCAUUUUAGUUGAGGGAGCAGAUGGAUGAUUGACUAAAGAAGAGAUGGGGAAAUCCUCCUGUAACUCUUCAUCUUGGUGUCAGUGGAAAGGUCAGCAGGACCGAAAAAAAGACCUGGGAGACAGUGGAGAGCAACGGGUGAAUCAACAGGGAGCAGAACUCUGCACAGCAGUGAGGGGAGAAAAAAAACAAAACAGGUUGCUGUUAACAAGGGGGCAGCUCCCCAGGCAUUUCAUUAGCAUUGUCUGUAUUGUUUUGUUUGUGCUGUGCAGCGCAAGGUCGUCAUUACCCUGUGGAAUAUCUGUACCGAGCCGCACCCAGCCCCCCCGUCAGCCCUCUACCCCCCACCAGGUGUGGCCGCUCCCGUCCCCAGCCCGCCUUUGCUCGGUCCAGCUCCCAGCGCUCCCUGUUGACAUGACGAGAUCUCCCUCACCUGGCAGAGGAACUGCAGCACUGAGAGAACUCAGCUUCCAGAUGAGAAGUUCUCAUUAAUAACUUCCCAAUCAGAAGAAUAAAGUGAGACAAUGCCAAAAUCUUUAUUUUUAUGCAUUAAGUAUAUUUUAAAUAGCUUUGGAAUCUAACAGAAGAGUUGUAAGUAAUCGUGCCAAAGGCACAGGCUAGCUACAAUGAGACAGGUUUAUGUUCGUGUAUACAAGAAAUGACCGUAUAUAUUAUACAUGAAUAUAUAUAAAUAUAUAUAUCUAUAAAGAAUCUAUACUGUACACACAGCUCACAGCAGUGCUAAUUUUUAAUGUGAUGUAAAGAGAUUUUGUGAAGGGACAGCUGCUUUACUUUUGUGUUUUUUAUUUUUCUGUUUUACUGUUUUAUUUUUGAAGAAAAAUCUCUUUAUUGCCGUCUGUUGCAUCCUGUGAUUGGAUGUGAAGCAUCUCACUGUAAAUAGGGUAUCAUUGCAGCAACAAUCAAUGUGGACCUAGCGAUGGUGGUGGUGCCCAACUGGUUGCCUCUCUUACCUGUGCUCAGUUUCUAAUAGUUUAGUACACAUCAGUACUUAACACUUUACUUCUGUCUUAUUGUCAUUCUUUUUUUGUGUGUGGUAAUUAUCUUGUUUUUUUAUUUAACACAGUAGGAUUUGUCAUCUCCUGUUUCUCCACCUCUUAUAUUAUUUUUUUAAGUAGUCGAUUGCUAAAUUUUUAUUUUGCACAAGCACUAAAGUAGAUGAUUUGACCUCACAGGUGACCUUGAUCAACAUGGGUUAGUCAGUUGUGGUGCUGCAUGCUGACAUGCCCUGACCUCCGUUAGCCUGCUGUGACGGUCUGACGGUAGAGCAGCAGAUAAACUACAGGGAGAUUAAAAAAACGGUUUCAUCUCUCACUGUCUGAUUUCUCUCUGUCAUGUUUUUAUUUUUUUAAAUCAAACCUGUGAAUAUGAUCUAUUAUCUGAUCUAUUUUUCCAUUUUGUAAUUAUUUCAUUACUUUAUUCCACUUCUUUGGAGAAACAUUGAAGCUAAAAGAUUGAAUAAAUUGAUGGUGGUAAAGGAAAAA